ACAGCGCAUGCGUGAAUAGUGCGGGCUUUGGAAAUCUUCGACACCAAUUUGAGGAGUCAGCAGUGCUUUUAUUUCGAGUUAACGCUAUCUGCUUCUUAGUAGAAUCGGAGAUAUUUCACACAAUUUUCAAAAUUGUGUCGCUCAGUUCACAGAUUCAGCUAAUACCCGGCGGUAGUCCCAGAGAAUGACGAGCAGUUCAAAAAAGAAGGAAGAAGUUCAUCUCGCCAACGGUGGAGUGAAGCAGUCCGCAUGGAGCAAAGCCUUCAAUUGUAAAGCUGUAUGGGAGGAGAAGGACGAGUUCUUGGAUGUGAUCUACUGGUUCAGGCAAAUCAUAGCAGUUAUUCUCGGAGUAAUAUGGGGCAUUGCACCGCUCAAAGGAUUUCUGGGAAUAGCAAUAUUCUGCAUCAUCAAUGCAGGUGUUCUGUACCUAUACUUCAGCAGCUUUCAACAGGUAGACGAGGAGGAGUAUGGCGGCACAUGGGAGCUGACCAAAGAAGGGUUUAUGACAUCAUUUGCAUUAUUCCUGGUGGUAUGGAUUAUCUUUUACACAGCAUUACACUACGAUUGAAAACCUGUGGAAAAAACAUUGUGUGGUAAAGCGAGACAAAAAGACAUUUUCUUCAGUGUAAAAUGUAAUAUGCAGAACUUCAAGCUUCAAGGUGUGGAUGAAUCACCUGCAACACACAGCAUCCUUGAGAAAGAAGUGCAUUAUGGGUAACUUCAGUAAAAUGGCCAUUUUAGAGUCCUUGGUCAUUGCGUCUGAGUUUUAAGCUAAAACUGUCCUGUGCACUGCCAUGAUUUUUUUUUUUCAGUAAAUGACAUUGUAUUUAGCAGGAGAAUAUAACUUAAAUUAACUUUAUUGUUUUUUCACGAUUAGCUUCCGAAUCAGAUAGUCUUUACCAAAUCAGUCAAAGAAUUUGUUUAAACAUUAAACAGUGUAUAGAUUCUGUACAAUAUGCAUUUUAUCAUAUGUGUAUUAAACUGAUUUAUUUGUG